GGAAUAAAGAUGCAUCUAAUCCUCACAAUUGCUAUUUAUUGAAAGUUAAUAUUAUCUUUUAUAGUCUUUCACGACGCCAGUAGAAACUAAUGUACGAAGCUACACAUAAUUGCUGUGUUGAACUUCAGAGCCGGGGAUAACCUGAUCCUUUGUCACCUUUCACACUGUGCUUAUAAUUUAUAUUACAUGUACUUCGUGUGUAUGUUGCCUCCACACACAUGAAUCUGUUUUAUUAUAUUUAAAGACCUUUGGAAAAUGCAACUUGGAUCCUGAAUCUAUUGCCACAUUUUUUUUUAUCCAGGUGUUAAAUGGAUAGUCAAGAAGCAUUAAUACUUUUCCUAAUUUUGCUUCAUUGCAUCUCUCUUCAGGGAGUACCCUUUCUCUCAUAUAUACAAAAAGCCCUCCCAAACAUGCUCACACAAGUGAUCGCUAUGUGCAGCUCAAGCCAUGUGUCAUCGCACGUCCGGUCUUUCUGAGAAGGUUCAUAGUGCCUUUUCAAGAGGGUCAGAUCCUGCCCUCCAGAGCCUGAUUUAUGAUUACAAUUUGGGGAGUUGGUGUGGUACAGGGGAAGGGUGGCGAGAACGGAAAAAAUGACGUUCUAAGACAUGCUGUGAUUAUUGAUGCAGUUUGAUUCGAAUUUCCAAUUUUGUCUGACUUUCAAGAAGGCUCCUAAUUACCGUUAAGUUCACUUCUUGUUUGAGCUUCAUCGUUUUCUCGCUUCGUCUUUACACAUUGUGGGCACCAGGUCAUUCAUUUAUCCUAUGUUUAAAGGCUGCAUAAUUCACCUUAGGUAUGUGUGGAUUUUAUGUAAAAAAAAAGUCUUGAGUAUUCCCAAGACUUCUGCACUCAAAACUUUGAUUAAAGAAACAGUAAGGUCAUUUGUCUUGUAUGAAUCCCCCAUGUUUAAAUGUAUGGAUCAUUUUGCAAAUAGUCUCAUAUAUUCUGUGGGAAAGAUGAAAUAACAUAAAGAACUACACACCAGAGGGUGACUGCCACCCAUUGCGCAUGUGUCCUUUUAAUAAAUGGUGUUACCCAUUUUGGUUCAUUCCCUUGCAAUAUUUAAUCAUAAGACAUCGUUGUCUUUAGGGCU